GUGACGCUUUGAGCGCGCGCAGCCAUGAUCUGUGCACUGUGUUGAAAACAUGGACUCCAGUUCUCGUCGUUUUACACUGUUUUACAUAGUUUUUCUGACUCUUACGUGCUAUUUCGCGCUAGGACAGGACACUGCCGACUGUCCUGCAGAUGGACGCACGUGGCUGCAGUUCAGCCUCAACUGCUAUCACUUCGUCCACGGAGAAGAGGACGUCGCCAAAAGCUACUCCAUUGAAGAUGCAAAAGACAUGUGCAGAGGAUAUGAUCUCUUGACAGUAAAAAGUGCUGAGGAGAAUGACUUCAUUGUUAAGUACAGUCCUUCUGUAUGGAAAGGUAAAAUGAGCGUCUGGCUUGGAAUGUACUACGACAGCGACGAAGAUGUCUUUAAGUGGCAUGACGAUAACGGCGUGUUGCACUAUAGUAACUGGGAGGACGGUGGCUCUGAUGACACUGAUCUGCCUCUUUUGGACACAUGUGUCGUUCUUCACUCUAACACAGGGAAGUGGGAAAACGUCAGCUGCACAGAGGAACCUGAGAACGGAGUAGUGUGUAAAACGAAGGCAGUCUGGAUAAGCCCACCUAAGGGCAGUCCUCUUCUGUCAGCUCUGGUCAUCAUCAGUGUGGUGCUGAUACUGGUGGUUUCUGCAGUGGUUUGGUUCUUUCAUCAAAGAAACAACCCAGGCUCAUCCAUCCUCAACCUGAUUGAGUACCAUCCGCCCUUCAGAUCACCUUCCUCCGAUCAGGCCUGCUUGGUAGAAACUGAAGAAAUCGAGGUGGUACCUUAGUUACUAUAAACUUUUCAUCUGUGCCCAGGUGAGAAUAAGCAGCAGGUGUUCAUGGGAGAUUGUGAACUCUUCCCUUUUCACUGGUUCCUCAGCGACGGUCCACACAGAACAAAACGAGGCAGUCCUGACUCAAAUGAUCUGUUUCUCUGGGGUGGAAUGGAGGACUGUGUGAGGAAAUGCGAUCUGUCUGAAUGCCAUGUGUGAAAUAAAUUGUUGGGCUUUUAUUACGCAGGAAAAUUAAGCACAUUGAUCUUUCCUUCUCCUUGAAGACUAAGUUUAGUGACACUAUUUGCUUUACUAAUAUUUUCUCUGAGCUGCAACGUGUCUCUUCUGUGAAAAUCGUUUCAUAUGUCCACAGGCUGUUCCAAGCCUGAAAAUUGAAUCAGAAAAAAAUCUACAUUUUAUUAUAUAUUAUUGUUAUUAAUAUUAUUAUUAUUAUUAUUAUUGUUAUAAGAUAAUAACAACAUUUUAUAUAUAGAUAGAUAGAUAGAUAGAUAGAUAUAGAUGAGGGCAAAAUAUAUAUAAAUAUAUUAUAGUAUACAUACAUAUACAAGGAUCGUGGAACGAAGCAAAAGGAGGUGGACCCAGGAGGUGGGGGUUGGGGGGUUGCAGAACUAAUUUUAAAAUUAGAAACAGCACUAAUGUUAUUAGUUAGAUGCCACAUAUAUUAGCCUGUGCAUUUUUAAGCUAUAAUUCUCCAACGAUUCUGAAAACAAAACAGACAGCCAAAUAAAAUAUGUAAUUUAGUAGGCUAAUUGAGUUUCUGACAAAAUGUUUUAUUAAUGUUAUAAAUUAGUCUGUUUAAAAAUAUGUAUUAAUUUAAACGAAUUAGCCUAAUUAAGUAAACAAAUAAUAAUAAUUUGAAAUAAAUAAAUGAAGACUUGUUUCUUUUUGAAUCUCUUGAGUGAAUGAUUCAGACAUUAAAUACAUUUAACAGUCACUGUUCGCCACCUACUGGCAUAAUGCAACAUAUAUACAAUCAUUAUUUGCAGCGUAUCAUUACUUUUAAAGACCCAUUGGUCGCGGCUGCCGCAACAUCAGAGUCUAUAUCCAGACUAUAAACUUUUAUCCCAAUAUUUUCGUUAUUAUUUAAUGUUUGCAACACUGAAAUGUAGGCUGUUUCAAACACAAACCUUUAAAUGAUGAGCGCUGUUCUCUCUGGAUCAGUGGCUGCACAAAAGCAAAUUGAAAUAUUCUGAUGUGUUUGUGAUUUCAAAGGUUUAAUAGCCUAUGUAUUUUUCUAGCCCAUGUCAUAUUUGUACCAGACCUCAAAAGUAACCCAGGCCGGGCGGCCCCCCUGGUUCCGCGACCCAUGUUUAUAUAUAUUUUGCCCUCAUCUUCUCUGUUAUUUUUUUCCUGAGGAAUAAUUGAUAAUUCAUUGAUUGCAGCUCUUUUCCAUAAAAUUAUUUUUCAUAGAGACCACUAUCAAGCCCCGAAAAGGCCAUAUAUGCUGCCAUAUAUUUUUGUGCACUAUAAGUUGAUUUGUGUGAGAUUUGCAUGAGAAACAGACUGACGUUUCAGUCGUAAUUCAGUUGAAUUUUGUCCUUAUCACAAAACUUUGUUUGUUAAUGUUGUGUGUGCCAAAUUUGUCUCUGUUUCUGUUGUGAGAUUCACAAAAUGUGACCCUGGACCACAAAACCAGUCUUGAGUGUCAAUUUUUCUAAAUUGAGAUUUAUACAUCAUCUGAAAGCUGGAUAAAUAAGCUUUCCAUUGAUGUGUGGUUUGUUAGGAUCGGACAAUAUUUGGCCAAGAUGAAACUAUUUGGAAAUCUGGAAUUUAAGGGUGCAAAAAAAUCAAAAUAUUGAGAAAAUCACCUUUAAAGUUGUCCAAAUGAAUUCUUAGCAAUGCAUAUUACUAAUCAAAAACGAUGUUUUGAUAUAUUUACAGUAGGAAAUUUAUAAAAUAUCUGCAUGGAAUAUGAUCUUUACUUAAUAUCCUAAUGAUUUUUGGCAUAAAAGAAAAAUCAAUAAUUUUGACCCAUACAGUGUAUUUUUGGCUAUUGCUACAAAUAUACACCAGCGACUUAAGACUGGUUUUGUGCUCCAGGGUCACAAAUGGUAAGUUUUGUCAGAUUUCUUCCUUUGCGGUAAGACCAGUAUUUAUUUUCUGUCUUACUCAGCUGAAAAGGUUACACAUAUGUGUUUGUUACUUCUAGCACUGUAUAAGCACCAAGUAUGUAGAUACAAAUACUUCAUGAUUGCCAAUCGCAAUAUUUUCUUAAUGAUGUUGUAAUUGUUGUUUUUAUGAUUGGAUUUGCCACUAACAGUCGUCUGUAUCUAUAUUGUUAUGAAUGAAUCCAAUUGUGUAAACAUUAAGGCUUUAUUUAUCCAUACGUGAAAAACAAGCCAUAGAGAAACUAAUCAAGUGUUGGUCUUUCAAAAUGAAUAAAGACUUGUCAAACA